CUGGCGGCUCUGGGAUUAAGUGGGGGCAGGCCCGGCUCUGGGGCGUCUCAGCCAGCCCCCAGCCUCUGCUCCCUGGAGCCCUCCAUUUCCUGACCAGCUCUAGGAACAAAACCAGAAGCUGAACAAGGAAGCAGCCGUACAAAGAAAAACAGAAGUGGGAGCUGGGGCCUGGCCCUCCUGGUGAGGAGGACAGAAGCCGUGGGUCCAGCAGGCCGGGCGCCGCUGCCCGUGACCUCGUGGCGCAGAGAUGACCCCGCAGGGCCGGGCGACCAGGCUGCUGGCAGCCCUGCUGCUGCUCUGGGUCCCAGGCUGUUUGUCUCUGAGCUGCUCCAGCCCCGUGACGGGCACCGUGGGGGGAUCGCUGAGCGUGCAGUGUCGGUACGAGAAGAAGUACACAGACCAUAACAAAUACUGGUGCAAAUACUCAUAUUUGCCACCACUGAGGGUGAAGAUUGUGGAGACCACAAAGUCAGAGAGAGAAGUGAGGAGCGGCCGUGUGUCCAUCAGGGACCAUCCAGCAAACCGCACCUUCACAGUGACCUUGGAGAGCCUCAGAGAGAGCGAUGAAGGCACAUACUGGUGUGGGAUCGAUAGACCAUGGACAGAAAAAAUUAUAGACCUCACCUUCCCAGUUGAAGUGUCUGUAUCCCCAGCAGCAACCUCCAAGCCAACUACAACUACAACUACAAGUACAAGCACCACUACGGCCACGACCUCGACCGUCACAGCCCAAAUUCCAACUGUGUCCACAGCCCGGACAGUGAAUGCCACCCAGAGCAGGAACAGCCAGGAUGGCUCCCAGCCGAGCCCGGACCAGGACCACGGAUCCCCGUCCCACCCUGCCCCGCCCUUGCCUCCCUCCAGGCUCCCUGUGCUGCUCAUCUUGUUGGCGCUUCUGCUGCUCCUCCUGGCGGGGGCCUCACUGCUGGCCUGGAGAAUGGUGCGGAGGCAGAGGCGGGUCAAAGCUGGUGGGAAUCCGGAGCCACUCCAGAACCCCUGUCAGGCCGCCCCGCAGAGGGAGCCCUGCUACGCCAACCUGGAGCUGCAGACGCUCCUUCAGGGAGAGCCCGUGCGCCCGAGGCAGGAGGAGGUGGAGUACAGCACGGUGCAGGCCCCCAGGGAAGACCUGCACUACUCCAUGGUGGUAUUCACGACCCAGCGUCAGGAGCCUGAGGACCAGAGUCCCUCCCAGAGGCCCCCGCGGCAGGAGCCAGAGUACAGCGCGAUCAGGAAGACACGGCAGGAGCCAGAGUACAGCGCCAUCAGGGAGACACGGCCGGAGCCAGAGUACAGCGCCAUCAGGGAGACACGGCAGGAGCCAGAGUACAGCGCCAUCAGGGAGACACGGCCGGAGCCAGAGUACAGCGCCAUCAGGGAGACACGGCCGGAACCAGAGUACAGCGCCAUCAGGGAGACAUGGCCGGAGCCAGAGUACAGCACCAUCAGGGAGACGUAGCUGGCCUCCCGCCUCCCCGCCUGGAGGUCUCUGUGGGGAGCCCAGGACCCCCCCUUCCACCACGUGACCCUCAGCCUGCUCCCCUCCAACACAGCGGCUGGGCUCCCGCCGGCUGUCCCUCUGGCGCUGGGACCUGCGGGGACCCUCCCAUGGGGCGGCUCUGUCACACCUUCCCUCUAUUCUCUGCCUCACUCCAGCUGUGCGAUGGCGCUCAGCCCCGCGGGAUCCAGGACAGGGAGGCGCACAGACUGUCCCUCCCAGUAGCUUCAUAAGGCCCUGCCAGUGUCUGGCUGGCUGGGAGGGAGAACCGGCAGAGAGUGGGGAGCCCCUCCGUGCUGAGAGCAGACCCCUCUUCUCCAGGCGAGGAGGCUGGAGGACAGGCUGCCCUGGCCCAGACCCAGCAGCGGGCAUGUCCUCGGCUCCCCUGGACCCUGAGAGGUUGAGUUUAAUACAAGAGACAGCAAUAAAGGUGACAACAUCUUGAGAGAGAAGAGGCGUUAUUGGAACGAUGCCUGCCGGCGUGGGCUCUGCAUUGAAGAAAGCUCCUGCCCUGGAUCCCAGAGGAGCAGAGCGGCUGGAGGGGCCCCGGGGGUGGGGACAUCCCAGAGGCCAGCACUGGGCGGGACAGGGGCAGCCACCCCUCGUUCGCUCCCCGUCAGGGGGUUCGGACCUCAGAGCCUGUCUGCGCCGUCUCCGCUGUGCAAAGUCUCAGGGCUUUUGUUUCGACGCUUCACAAUGUUGUGACCCAUGUUGGGUAAGAGUUAAAAGCAAGGAGUGUGUGUCAGCAUGUCCCGUAAGUCAAAGGGAGGCCCGGCCCCUGACCCCUGGGGGUACCGGCCGUGGUGCUGCUGCCAUCACAAUCAGCGUGAGCCUUUUGAGCACUUUUCUCUGGGCUGUGGGCCCAUAGCUUCGGAAGGCUUUUCCCGAGGGCGGCCGGACACAUCUGCUGGUGUCUUCUUCAGAUUUUCGUGAUCUGUGCAUGCGAGUCAUCCCACUACUUCCUCUCUCUUUACUGCUGUUCUGAGAUGCAAAGGGGAAAUACACACACACACACACACACACACACACACACACAGAAUGGGGGUAUCGGGUUCCCCAGGUGGCCCGUGAAAUCACAAGGGGCUUUGUGGGAGGGAAGCCAAAGGGUUAGAGUUAGAAAAAAUUGAUGACAAAGUGUGUGUGGGGGGGAUUAUUCAGAUUCACCCAAUUUUAAAAAACAUGUUCCCACAUUUGUUUUGUUAUUCUA